GUAAAAUAUGAAGAACAUUCUUGAAAAAGUGGUAAAUUCAAAUGGGACACCUUGCAUAUCGAUCGAACGGUGGUGGUCAUAGCGUAACGAAGGGUUGCUGGUCAAACCCUAAACACCUGUGCCUUUGCUAUAGUAACGCUACGUUUUGUUCUAGAUAUUUAGUAUUAUAGUUAAACGGGACAUGGUCGUGUAAGCUUCUCGUCGAUAAACUUCUUAAACUCGUUAAAGCUAUGGAUAAGAAAUUCGAGAAUUUACAAAAUUAUGUGCCGUCUUUUACGCGCGAAAUUUAAACAUGAAAAUAAUCGAAGGUGGAGUUCAACCGCGAUGAUAUAGGAUGUAAAAAUUUGAAAGAGGAGGCGCGUUCAGAGAUAAGAGAUUCGACGUUAGCGCUAGAUUUGUUGCAACGGGUCAGACUUUCGAACGAUCGAAAGACGCGCGCUUCAAGAAACGUCUCUUUUGUGAUCGUGUCGCCCUCGUGAUAACGACGGCGAGUUCGAGCAAAGUUAGCGACUACAUGCAUAAGUAACUCUCUUUCUCUUCAAGUACUCGUUUUAUUUCUGAGUGUGUACGUGUGUGUGUUGCGUUUGCAAGCGCGCGCGCGCUCGCGCGCUCACUCUCGAUCUCUUUUCGUCUCCUCCGCGCGUAUAUUUAUAAACGUGAAAUGGUGAAAUGGCACGAGCACUCGGCUGCUUGCGAUAUCUUCUAAUCGCCGGUACUGUCGUUCUUGGCAUUUCAGGAGUAGUAACAUCCGCCUUCGCAGGAUUUUUCUUGUAUCAAUUAAACGAAUAUAAACAACUCACUCCCGAAAAUGUUUAUGGUCCAUCCAUCGUUCUUUUGGUUUUGGGUAUCUUCACGUGUGUCAUCGGUUGGUUGUCCUGGCAUUUUUUCGAUUUUACGCAAAAGGGACAAGCGAUAUUGUUUGUUACAAGUUUGGUGAUUAUUUCCCUGUUCGAAAUGAGCGCCGGAAUAUGGGCUCUUGUCAGACAUGAACAAAUAGAUUUUCUUCCGACUGCUCAUCUUAAAACAAUAUUUAUGGAUAAAGAAAAUCAACCUUUAUGGGAGCACAUACAAGCUAAGCUUGAUGGUCUAUUUUCCUUCUUGAAUCCUUGGAAAAAAUUCAAAGGUUUUUAUAAUUCUCAGGGCCACAGAACCUGUUUUCUUACAAUUACGUAGACUUUCACCAAACCCUGGCAAUAACUUUUCCUUCAAGGGACUGUUAAGUGAUAUGACAAAAUAAACAAAGGACGAAGAAUUGCAAUAAUUUUUUCGAACGGGAUAUAAAUCUGUUAAUUUACUUCUACGAUAUUAAUUAUCAAUAAUAUUAUAGAAAAUUAAUAUUAUUGAUUAAAUUAAUAAUACUAUUAAUAUUACGCAACAUAGAUAUAUCUAUUAAUUUAUCGAAACAAUAUUAUUACCACUUUAAUAUCGUAUAAUGAAUUGUUUUAGGCAGAUGCAAAAAAAGAAAUAAUGCACGUAAUGUCAAUUUUUUAUGAGAAGAGUUAUCAACAUCUAUCUAAAAAUCGUAUGUUUCAUUUCUAUUAUGAAAUACAUAUUGUCUUCGUACCAGCUGUUUUAUUAAAAUUGACAAUCAUACGUUGUCUGAUAUUUUAUUAUCAGCUCAGUAACUUUAAUUUACUGACUCUGAUAGCAUGAGGGGAAUAACAUAGCUAUACCUAAGCCGAUAGAGCAUACCGAUAGAGUAUAUCGAAAGAAGGGACAGAAUUCUCUUAACAUAUUUUUUCCGCAUUCAUUGCUGAUGUCAUACACGUCUCGUGCGACAUUGGGUUAACAGCCUUAACGCCAAAGGCACGGUCUUAAGGCCUGAAAGUGAUCAGUUCUUUUCUAAUGAAUAUUAUAAUUUAUUAUUAUCAUCAAGAAUAUUCACGAUCGAGUUUAUAUUACUUGAUAUUUAAAUUUGGAAUAAAUUUUAGGUCGCAAUGAACUUUGUAAUUCGUUUAACGAGACGAGUCAAAAAAUCGGUUCUACUAAACGAAACUAAUCGCGUUCUAAGCGCGUGACAAAUGCAUGGGCCUUCAGUUAUUGAUUGACGAAUGAUAGUCAAUUGUUGUACUCAGGAGCGAAUUUACAUAGAUCGUUGUUAGAGCUUGGUUGAGUUCGAAAACUUAAAUGUUAAAUUCUUUAUACACGCAUCGAUAAGAUGUACUACGUAAUACGACGUAAACCGUAAAGAAAUUCAUUAAUCAAAAUCAACUAAUGACAACAUGAAAAUAGUAACGAUAAAAAGUUUUAUAAGGAUGAUAUUCUUAUGUCUUACGUCGAUAUGUAUGCGGAGGCCUUUUUAAGUAUAUGAAGGUUAUGAAUACGUUCCUGACCUGAUUACGCUCCAUCAUGUGUAUUUAUUUACGUCUUCUGACUCAUCUCUUUGAACGAAUUAUAUAUUAUCAUUGCGAUCCUUGAGAGAUGCAUUUAUGACUUAGUGGAUUCUAGCGUCUAACGAUUGAUCUAAUAGAUCAUUUUAAUUAAAUGCUAUUUCGUCU